CAGCGACUCAUCCUAUCGAUAAGGUUCAGUUAGCCAAGGUGGAGGAUGGGAAAAGAAUGGAGCUGUCCCAGCUACUCAAUGAGAUCAGGGCAAACUAUGAAAAGCUCCUCACCAGAAAUCAGAUAGAGACCGUGCUCUCAACAAGGAUCCAGCUGGAAGAAGAUCUGAGCAAAAAAAUGGACAAAGAUGAAGAGGCUUUAAGGGCAGCUCAAGCAGAACUCAAGGAAGCCCGGCGCCAGUGGCACCACCUGCAAGUGGAAAUUGAAUCUCUCCACGCUGUGGAACGGGGCCUCGAAAACUCCCUGCAGGCCAGUGAGCAGCAUUACCAGAUGCAGCUGCAAGACCUGGAGGCUGUGAUUGAAGGACUGGAAAAAGAGCUACAGGAAGUAAGGCAAGGCAUCGAGAAGCAGCUCCAAGAGCAUGAGAUGCUUCUCAACACGAAGAUGAGGCUAGAACAAGAAAUAGCCACGUACCGCCGCCUCCUAGAAAAGGAAGAAAUCAGAUAUUAUGGUUGUAUCCAAGGAGGAAAAAAAGAAAAAAAACCUACAACUAGAGUUGGUUUUGUUUUACCUUCAGCCAUUAUAAAUGAAAUCUCUUUUUCAACAAAAGUCCCACAAAAGUGUGAGAAUGAAAAAGUGGAAACAGUGACCAAACAGGCAAUAUUAAAUGGAAAUAUGGUGAAGGAGAGCACUGAAGCUCAUGGCACUAUUCAGACCGAGAAAGUGGAUGAAGUUAUUAAAGAAUGGGAAGGUUCCUUCUUUAAAGAUAACCCUCGGUUAAGGAAAAAAUCUGUUUCUCUUCGCUUUGACCUUCAUUUAGCAGCCACUGAUGAAGGGUGUUUACAGACUAAACAGGAUAAUCUACCAGAUAUAGAAGUCAGGCUUAUCAUGAGGAGAUCAUGCAGUAUUCCCUCUAUCAAACCUCCAUCAGCAGCUCAUUAACCCAAAGACAGUAUUUGACUUGACUUGAAAAUGACAUUAGGAUGGACCAAGGUGGGCGACGCUGACUACCUUCUGUCCCAAAUGUAAGUUGAAGUAUGAAUGUUAUGAUUGAUGUGUGAUACUCUU